GGAAUGGUAUCAAACCAACACCAGUAUCGGGUAUCGGUUUGAUACCAUGUGUGUGUUCUAGUAUUCGUAUUCAUAAAAGUGCUCUGAUACUACAAAACCAAUACCAAUGUGAAAAAGCUAUUCCUGGCAAACUUAACACGAUAAAGAGAUUGAUCUGUGGAAUUAAAAUAAAUUAGCCCUGCUUUCCGAGCUCAAGACGUUUUUUCCAAGAACUUAACGACAAAUUGGACAGAGUCCAAACAACUGUCGCUAGCCACCACAACAGACCGUCGUCACUAGAAGAAAAUGCUGUUUACCAGCAGCUGGAGGAGGUAGAAACUUUAUGCACUCAGCUUCAAACUGGUAACAGGAAGCUAAAGGCUAAGCUAAAUGACCUGGAUGGGAGAAUCAGAUGCUGGGAACAGCAGGUCUGGAAGGCUUGGAGAAGAGGUACGUCGCUUAACCAGGGUCAUAUAUCCAGGGUUUAUGAAGACUACUCCUGGAGGUGCUCGGCCAGAGGAGGGAAUAUGGGUUCCGUAAGGUGAUGCACAUCGACACGGGCGUCGUGAAACAGGAAAGAGAUGGUCCGGUUGAGUUCCAGCAUCCUUACUUCAAACAUGGACAGGACGACCUGCUGGAAAACAUCAAGAGGAAGGUUUCUAACAAUCGGCCUGAAGACAACAAGAUCCGACAGGAAGACCUGAGCAAGAUCUUGGCCAGCGUUCAGAGUGUUCACAGCAAACAGGAGAACAUUGACGCCAGGCUGGCCACACUGAAAAGGCAGAAUGAAGCUCUGUGGAGGGAGAUCUCAGAUCUGAGACAGAAACAUGCUCACCAGCAGCAGCUUAUUAAAAAGUUGAUCCAUUUCAUCAUCACAUUGGUGCAGAGCAAUCGCAUCCUGAACCUGAAACGCAAAAGGUCAAUCCUGAUGAACGGAAACGGGAAGAAACCCAAAUACAUCCAUGAGAUUUAUGAUGACCAAGCGUGUGUUGAACAGACAUCUGGGGGCAGUCUGAACGGCGUGAAGAGCUCUGACAUUUCCGACGAUGUCGUCAUCUGUGAUGUGACUGAGAGCGACGCAGACGCCGCGGCUGAGAUCACAGAGGAGUCGCAGAGAGUCUUCGAGCACGGUGACGUGGAAAUUGUGGAGGUGGAGCUGGACAGCUGUGGCAUGCUGUCAGCUGAGACGGAGGUCCACUCCACGUGCAUGGAUGACGUCAGACAGACGGAAGCUGAUGUGGCGGCGGGCGACAGCAGACAGACGGAGACCGAUGUGGCGGCGGGCGACAGCAGACAGACAGAGACCGAUGUGGCGGCGGGCGACAGCAGACAGACGGAGACCGAUGUGGCGGCGGGCGACGGCCACAGAAGCAGCAGCGACCCGACCAGCAGCGCCUUGCAGCUCAACAAACCCUCGGCUCUGAGUCUGGAGGACCCCGUCAAGAUGAUGGACUCCAUACUGAACGAGAACGGAGCGAUUUCACAGAACAUCAGUCUGCUGGGAAAGUUGGAGCUCAUGGACUAUCUGGACAGUAUUGACUGCAGUCUGGAGGACUUCCAGGCCAUGCUGUAUGAGAAACACUUCGGCAUCGACUUUGAUGCCCUUGAGGAGAAUGUGUCUUCCAAAGACAGCAGCAGUCAGGCCAACAGAGGCAGGAUGGAGGAAAAUAAGACAGAUAAACAGCUGAUCCAGUACACCUGCUGCCCCCUGUUGGCCUUCCUCGAUGGCUGCGCCCCUCCUUUGGAGCUGGAUCUGGGCCCUGCUGGCACCACAAGCACAGACUCUUCCUGUCCGCCUCCCUCCUCCAGUGUGGAGGUGGAGCCGCUCUCAGACCUGUUGGACUCCAGCUUGGAGUCGAAGCAACCAGUUCGCAGUUCCCUGAUUCGCCUGGAGCCUCUAACAGAGGCUGAGGCCAGCGAGGAGACCCUCUUCUACCUGUGUGAACUGAGUCCUGCUGGAGCCGAGUCCGACUCCACCCAGCUGAGCUGAGUGUGACAGACCACGCCCCCACCCCACCUGUACAGGUGUUUCUGUGAACUGCUCAGCUCCCCUCACGGUUUAUAUCCAGUUUGCAGAAUGAGCUCCAUUUUCACCACCUUCAGUACCCGUUCAGAACACAUCCGGACUGUUGACUGCAGGUGUGUUCUUUGUUGUCACAGAACACGGAUCUGAAACGGGUCCAGGAUCAGAACUUUCCUUCAGGAGAUUGAAAAACGUCCCGCAGGAACCAACAGUGGCUGACGAGAACCGGAGAGGGACCCAGAACUUAAACAUUUUCACCAUCAUAAAUGACUGCAUCACACCUCACACCCAUAAUAAUCUAUUUAUUAUGAGUUUUGUUUAUAUUUUGUUCUGUAUCUUUCCACGGAGCUCUGACUCUUCAUACACCAACAUUCCCUCAGACCUGCAGAGUGCACGUCAUCUUACUGUUUAGAUUAAAACUAGUCCUUCAGUCCUGGUUUCUUAGUGUUCAGAUAAAACCAGAAUCAUCUGUAAACCGUUGGAUUAAAGUCAAAUUCUAAUCUGGUUCUGCUUCCUGUUUGCGUGUGUCAGAUGUUUUGACCUGGUUCAGAAAUGAAGAUGGUGGAAGAAGAAGAAGAACUUUCAGGGAGAGAACCUGGCACUGAAGUUUAGUCCCAGGAAUGAGUAAAGUAAUCUCUAAUGCAUGCAGCGUAUGGCAUCGCCGCCUCCUGCUGUCUGCUAACAUCUUCUGUACUCAUGCUGCUAACUUUCUUUAAUUUCUUUAAUUGCUGUUGCCAGAUCAGCUUUGCAGGUUGGAUCCUCGUCAUUGACCAUUUUCUUAAAUUUCCACCACAGAUUUUUAAUUGGAUUAAGGUCUGGACUAUUUUUAGGCCAUGACGUUGACUUUAUGUCUUUCUUCAAAGAAAGUUUUCAGCUUUGCUCUACAGCAAGAUGGACUAUCCUAAAAAAGAUUGUCAUCAUUUCCAAACAUCUUCUCAAUUGAUGGAAUAAAAAGUGUCCAAAACAUCAACAUAAACUUGUGUAUUUAUUAAAGAUAUGACAGCCAUCUCCCCAGUGCCUUUACCUGACACACAGCCCUGGAUCAUCAUUUUCUUCUGCUCGUCUUCUAUAGAAAUCUUAUUGGAAAGGCACAAGUUCCAGCAUCUGAAUGCAGAUGGUUCAUCACUGAAUAUGACUUUCAUCCAAUUCAUACAGUCCAUUGCUUUUCAUUAGCUUGUUGUAACCUUCAUCACGUUAAUGAUGGCUUUCCUUUAGCUUUCCUGAAUAGAAAUGACUCCAGUUUGUCUGUGCAUUUUGUUUGCAAGACCUAUUGCUCUGUCUUGAUCUAAGAAAGGAAUUGUUAUUCAAGCCAGAAAAUUGCCUUUUUUUUUUUUAAAUGACUUUAGUUUUGUGGCAUGUCUGUUUUUUUUUCUACAAAA